AUGCCACUAAAUCUGCCAUACCCGCAGCUCCGCGGCUUUUCGUCCAAGUUCGACAAGCUCGAGCUGUAUUGGGGCCGGCCCAUCCCCGCCCAUAAGCGGCGAUUGAUCCCGACCUCGGGUAGCUAUCCAAAGAGGUUCGAUGUGGGCAGCACUCGCGCUGGCGUUAAGCCCGUCGGCAACAUUCAGCCGGACUUGGUCAUCGUCGCGUCAAAUACCCCACCCCCAGCAUUAGGUGCGCAGUCUUCACUAAGAAUGAAUUCCUGUGCUGCUUCUGUGACUGUCAGCCGCAAGCUUAUACGCCGAACCAAUGGUGCUGGACUACGAUGA